AUGGGAGACUUCAAGCUUUUCGACGACGAGUCGUUUCAUUUUGAGACUCUGAGAAUCCUCCAUGGGGCGACGUCAGGUGGCGCCGACAUCGCAGAGGUCUUCAUGACCAUUCCCAAGAUCAAGGCCGGAGACUUCGAUUCCUGGGCAACAGCUUGGUACGAUCUGGCCGUCCGUGUUGAGGCACAAGCACAACACUCCGACACCUCGACGGCCAGCGGUAGAGUCUCAGCGCGAAAUGCAUACUUCCGGGCUGCGUGCUACUACCGCUCGGCUGACUUCUUCCUCCACGGCAACCCCUCCGACCCGCGCAUCAUGGCUUUCUGGAAGAAGCACUUGGAAACCUUCGACACCGCCAUCGCGCUACUCCCCAUCCCCGGGCGCCGGAUUGAUAUCCCGACACCACACGGAUUCCACGUUCCCGCCAUCUUUUACGAGGCUCCAGGAACAUCUGAUGGCACGCCAAAGCCGACCAUGAUUCUUGGUAAUGGCUAUGAUGGCAGUCAAGAGGAGAUGUACCACGCCAUUGGCGCUGCCGCACUUGAGCGCGGUUUCAACGUCAUCUCCUACGAGGGCCCCGGGCAGCCAACCGUCAGGCGAUACCAGGGCCUGGGCUUCAUUCCCGAGUGGGAGAAGGUGCUGACCCCCGUAGUCGACUAUCUUCAUAAGCAUGCAAGCGAACUGCAUGUUGAUGUAAGCAGGCUUGGUCUGUGGGGCAACAGCAUGGCAGGCAUGUUGGGCUUACGCGGUGUGGCGUUCGAGAAACGAAUCAAGGCGUACAUCGCCUGCGAUGGCGUCUGGAACUUGAACAGCGCGUUCCCAGCCGAAGUCAAGGCCCAAAUCCAGGCUGGCCAUUCCGACAGGAUCUGGGCCGGCAUCAAAGAUGGCUCUGCGCCCACGGGCUUGCGUUGGAUGAUCACACAUGGGCUGUGGGCCAUGUACGACGAAGGGCAGAACAGGGCUUUGGAGUCGACUUCAGACGUUAUCGAAGACUUUGUCACUGCCAUGGGCAAGUACAACGUCGAAGAUGUAGUGGGAAUGGUGGAUUGCAAGGUCUUUGUUGGAGAGGCUGAGGAAGAUAUCUUCUUCAAAGGACAGCCCAAACUGGUCGCCGAUGCACUCGGCAGCAAGGCUACACUGUAUUAUUUCAGGUCCGAGGAUGGUGGUGGGGCGCAUUGCCAAGAGGGAGCAGCGCACUUGCUCGCGCAGGCCACUCUUGACUGGUUCGAAGAUGUGGUGCGGGGUAGGGCUCAGAAGAUUUGA